UGCUCAACUUCGAGUGGAAAUACGAACUCGGCGGUAUCGCGUCACUAUGAGAUGAUGCGAUGGCUUGAACCUUACAUUGCCGAUACGGCGAAUUCAAAUGCAAAUGCAGACAGUAGUAACACUCCUUCUAACACAAGCACUAGUGCUCAACCAAAUAACGCAACUGCUGGAAGUACUACCCCGAAUGCUUCAACUUUACAAUCCUCUCAACAAACUAUCUCCAGUGCUCAGAAAAUGCCCGCUCCGAAAGAAGAAACGCUUUCGUGUUUUAUGAGCGAACCCGAUUUGGCAAGUCAGGAUGCGAAUGCAUCAGUUGUGGUUAGCACAUCAGAAGACGGAGUACUCUUGAACAGGUUUGUCUUCAACUAUCUCAGAUAUUUCCUACUUUUCUGCAUUGAAUUUCCUCGUAGUUUCUCCUGA